CUAGUCUUCAAAGUUCACCGCGCCCGCGCCUGGCAUUGCCGCAUGCGCUUUUCGCGUACCUGCGGCGGCUGAAACCCACUGCGACUUGGGAGCGCCACACCUUCUCAUUAUUGUACUAUGUUGUAGUACUGUCACUCCGUGGACCUCAUUACUACAGUCCGUCUUCAGUCAGUCCUAGAGAGACCUGCGCCAGCGGCAUCCUGUAAACCCUUCUUCGACAAUUUUCCCACUCCCCAGCAUUGACUGCGCUAUUGAACUCUGCGCAUUCAUGACGCGGCCGUUAUCCUUCCCUUCCUUAUGGCUGAGCAGCCUCAGCUAGCCAGGCAUGGGCAUACGAAUCACUACAUGGAAUGUCAAUGGCAUCCGCAAUCCAUUUGGCUACCAGCCGUGGAGGGACAAAAAGACAUUCGCGGGAAUGUUUGAUACCCUCGAGGCCGAUAUAGUCGUGUUCCAAGAGACCAAGAUCCAAAGAAAAGACCUGCGCGAUGAUAUGGUUUUGGUGCCCGGAUGGGAUAAUUACUGGAGUCUACCGAAACACAAGAAAGGUUAUUCAGGCGUCGUUAUCUAUACUCGCAAUGCCACAUGCGCACCUAUCAGAGCCGAAGAGGGCAUCACUGGCAUCCUGACUCCUCCAAACUCCUCUACCGCUUUCCGUGAUUUACCAGUCGAAGAGCAGAUUGGUGGGUAUCCCAGUAUCCAGCAGCUGCCUAUAUCGGACUACGACCCUGCCAGUCUGGACUCUGAAGGCCGGUGUGUCAUCCUCGAGUUUCCUGCAUUCGUCCUCAUCGGCACCUACUGUCCUGCUGAACGUGACGAAACCCGAACGCACUUUCGCACCAGUUUCUUGAACGUUCUUGACGCAAGGAUUCGGAACCUUGUCAAAAUGGGAAAAAGAGUGGUAUGGGUUGGCGACAUGAAUAUAUCACGAGAAGAAAUUGACACAGCUGCGGCUGAGGAGAGCAUGAGGAAGCACGGCAUUGACGCAGCAGAGUGGAUUUCCACUCCCGCAAGAAGAAUGUUGAACCAGCUUCUUGUUGGUGGGAAGGUACGUGGGGAACGUGAUGAGGGAAGAGAAACAGCAAUCAUGUGGGACGUCUGCCGUGCAUUCCACGAAGGGCGCAGGGGCAUGUACACUUGUUGGGAGACAAAGGUCAAUGCCCGCCCUGGCAAUUAUGGGUCCCGUAUCGACUAUAUCAUCUGCAGUCAUGACAUGAGAGAUUGGUGGAGCGACGCCAACAUUCAGGAAGGCCUCUUGGGCUCCGACCACUGCCCAGUUUAUGCUGUGUUAAAAGACAAAGUCCUUAUCAAUGGCAAAGAGACCCAUGUGCUGGACUUGAUGAACCCGCCUGGCAUGUUUGUCGAGGGUGUGCGCCAGCGGGAGUGGACAACGAAAUGCUUACUGCCUUUGUCUGGGAAACUGAUUCAGGAAUUCUACAAACGGCAGAGCAUCAAGGACAUGUUGACGAGGCAGCCGACUUUGCAGAAAUCCAAGAGCACCAUAGAUGAGGCCCAGGGAGUAUCUACAACUCCACCAUCCGUCCAAGUUUCUGCAACAGGCACUGAGCCGACUACAACUCCGUCUCAGAGUGACGAACGCGAGGCGGUCUCAAAAACUGACUUCAGUACCUGUCCCUCCUCAACGACCUCCUACGCCAAACGCAAAGCAAAGACGAAUGAAACUCUCUCGUCAGUCAAGCGCAGCAAGUCAGCCUCGAUAUCAACACCAAACGGUUCGGGCAAAGGCCAACAAAGUCUGAAAGGCUUUUUCGCGGCGAAACCGUCCACUACCGACAGCAAAAUGACGCAACCGCCUGAACAUAGUCCUCAGAGUGGCGUACUGCGGCCCGCUUCCAUCAUCUCUAAUGGAGGAGCCGAGGCAACAAAUGUCCUCACUUCGAUGGCUACUGCAGCUGACGCCACGACUGAAGCUCUGUCGUCCAAAGAUGGCAUGACCGAAGGAUCCGGCCCAGAGUUUAUCUCGACACCUGCGCCAUCCAAGACGAAGCAUACUUGGGGGAAAUUAUUCUCCAGACCGGUUGCCCCAAAGUGCGAACAUGAUGAGCCCUGCAAAAUCAUGGUAACCAAAAAGCCAGGCGUAAACUGCGGCCGGUCAUUUUGGAUGUGCAAUCGACCACUGGGACCUAGUGGGAAACAAGAGAAAGGCACCCAGUGGAGAUGCAACACCUUCAUAUGGGCCAGUGACUGGGACACGCAUACACCUGCGCAACAAUGACAAGGGUUCAGAUGACUCGAGCUCGCCUUAACCUCUCUCUGGUGCCUUUGUCCUAUGGAUUCUCCGGACUCAGAGAGCGGUACUUAAGGCUACCAGAGCCUGGCACGAUCUCCCAGGAGCCGGAUCAUUCAAGGAUAAUGGAGUUGAUGCUUUGAGAUCCAUGGGUGGGACGCCAUCCCUCGGUCGAAGGUGCACACGACUGUCAUUAGAGCGGAGGCGUGGUAGUGCUUCUACAUGCCCGCUUCCACAAGCUACGGCAUCUCUAGAUUUUGAUCGGGCCAUGCGAGCAGGAGACGAUGAACGUUCUCAAUGCCGCCUAGAUGGUUGGCCAUUGUAUGCCAUAAUACUACUUGCUCCAAAAUGUACAAUUUUUCAUCCCA